CUAUAACUUCCGGUGCCGUUCCGUGGGCAAUCGUGUGCUGGCGGGAGUUCGCCGGAUUAAAGCCUUUUGUAAACGCUGAAAUCGCAAAGCUUUCCUGAAACUCGGCCUUCGCUGAAACACAAUGGGCGACAGUGAUGACGAGUACGACCGCAGACGCAGAGACAAGUUCCGCCGGGAGAGGAGCGACUAUGACCGGUCCCGGGAGAGAGAGGACCGCCGUAGGGAUGACUGGAAUGACCGGCGGCCCUCGGCUCGAGAGUGGGACCGGGGCAGAGAGCGGCGCAGCAGAGGGGAGUACCGGGACUACGAGAGGGGUCGACGAGAGAGAUUCUCCCCUCCACGACAUGACAUGAGCCCCCAGCAGAAGCGCAUGAGGAGAGACUGGGAUGACCACGGAGGUGACCCGUACCAUGGUGGCUAUGAUCUGGGUUAUGGUGGCGGUGGAGGACCCAGCUAUGCCCCUCCUCAGCCGUGGGGUCACCCUGACAUGCACCUGAUGCAGCCCCAUCAUGGAAUCCCCAUCCAGGCCAGGCUAGGAAACAUCCACGAUAUGGAUCUUGGUCCUCCUCCUCCUGUGAUGAAGACCUUUAAGGAGUUCCUGAUUUCCCUGGAUGACUCUGUGGACGAGACUGAGUCUGUCAAACGCUACAAUGAGUACAAGAUUGAUUUUAGGCGUCAGCAGAUGCAGGACUUCUUCCUGGCCCAUAAAGAUGAAGAGUGGUUUCGCUCAAAGUACCACCCGGAUGAGGCUGGGAGGCGUAAAGCUGAAGCCCACAGUGCUCUGCAGAACCGGCUGAGCGUCUACAUGUAUCUGAUGGACAACAACUGGUUUGAGCCGGUCUCUCUGGAUAUCGAGCGUGCGCCGCAAAUCACCAAGAUUUUAGAUGCAGCCGUGAUUAAGAUGGAGGGAGGAGCAGAAAAUGACCUGCGGAUCCUGGAGCAGCCCAGCGAGGAAGAAGAGGAGCGUGAGAGACUGUCAUCUGGUGGAGCUCCAUCUGAACCAUCUAAACGGGACGAGCCCAAGCCUGCAGAUGCUGAGAACAAACCCUCGGAGGAAAAAGACAAGCUGGAAGAGGGUGAGGAGAGCGCUGAGAAAGAUGUAGAGAAAGCUUCUGCAGGAGGAAGCGAAGGAGAGGAGAAAACUGAGAAAGAAGCACCUGCUGAACCAAUCCCUGAACCCAAGAAGCUGAGUAAGAAGAGGAAGAGGAAGCAUAGUGGGGACAGUGAGGAUGAAGCCAGUGCAUCUGAGAGCGAAUCUGAUUCUGACUCUGACUCAAACUCUCACUGCUCGGAGAAACCCUCGGAGAGAGAGAGAGAACCAGAGGAGGUGGAGGAAAAAGAGGAAGAGGAAGAAGAGGAGGGAGAAGCGGCUGAUGGAAAGGAGCAGACGGAUGAGCAGAAGGAAAGGGAGAAAGAAAAAGAGAAGAAAGUUAAGGAUGAUCAGCCUCCACGUCCUCGACCUCUUCACAGGACGUGUUCUCUCUUCAUGAGGAGUAUCGCUCCAACAAUAUCUAAAGCAGAGAUCGUCGCUUUGUGUCGACGUUAUCCAGGAUUUAUGCGCGUUUGUUUGUCGGAACCACAGCCAGAGCGCAGGUUUUUCCGGCGUUGUUGGGUGACCUUUGACAGAGGAGUGAACAUCAAAGAGAUCUGCUGGAACCUGCAGAACAUCCGGGUGACUGCGGGCUGUGAGUUGGCUCCUGGCAAUCGGGAUUUGGCACGUCGUGUGCGAAACGUCAACGGAAUCACUCAGCAUAAGCAGGUUCUGCGUAACGACAUCAAGCUAGCGGCUAAACUGAUUCAUGCACUGGACGACAGGGAGAAACUCUGGAGCCAGAAACCCAGAGAAGAGACGCCCACCUCUAGAGCUUCUGCUCAAAACCCCAUUCUGAAGAACACAUCAUGAUUACUGAUAGAGGAAGUGAGUGCGGAAGAGGAAGAGCUUCUGGGAAGUGCUGGAGGAGGCUCUGAGGAUGGAUCCAAAGAGGGAAACCCUACUGAUACUGUGGAGAGAGAUGAAAAACUCGUCAAGGUGUUGGACCGUCUCCUCUUUUAUCUGCGCAUCGUGCACUCUAUUGACUAUUACAACACCUGCGAGUACCCCAGUGAGGAUGAGAUGCCGAACCGCUGCGGCAUCAUCCACGUGCGAGGGCCCAUUCCCCCAAACCGCAUUACUCUCAGAGAGGUGGGUGACUGGCAGAAGACUGUUGAGGAGAAAAUGGGACCCUUGUUCAGUGUGAAAGAAAACCUGUCUGGCGAAGCAGCGAAAAUGGGCCGCAAAGACCCAGAACAGGAAGUAGAAAAGUUUGUGGUGGCCAACACGCAGGAACUGGGCAAAGACAAGUGGCUCUGUCCUCUAAGUGGCAAAAAGUUUAAGGGCCCAGAGUUUGUGAGGAAACACAUCUUGAACAAACAUGGUGACAAGAUUGAGGAAGUAAAGAAAGGUGUGUUUUUCAACAACUUCCUAAUGGAUGCUAAAAGGCCAUCCAUCCCAGAGAUGAAACCUCCACCCCAUCCAGGCCCAGGACAGGGAGUGCUUUCACCCGGAGGUCUUCCCUUCCCGCCGCAGGGUCCUCAAGGUCUCAUGGGUUUUGGUCAGCCCAGACCUCCACUUAUGGGUUAUGGAGGUGGUCCUCCUUAUCCCCCUAACCAGUAUGGUGGAGGCAGAGGAAACUAUGAUAACUUCCGUGGACAGGGCGGAUAUCCUGGAAAACCCAGAAACAGCCGAGUGAUGCGUGGAGAUCCUCGCAAUAUCAUCGAGUAUCGUGAUUUAGACGCACCUGAUGAUAUGGAUUUCUUUUAGAGCUCCAGUUUUAGUCUCUACAUUUAACUUGUUUUUUUUUUUACGGUUGUCACAGCAUUUUCUCGUUUUUGCAUUCAUUCCAGAAGCUGCCCGCCGCCGUCUCCUUUCACAUGUAUUACAGUAGCAAAGCUUCACUUGUGUUCAAUGUCAUUGUGUACUCCAUGUCAUAGCGUGUGCUUUGUGGCCUUUUUCCUCCAAUAAAAACUUUAAUUUGGA